AUGCCCGUCGCUCAGACACGUUUGGAACAGCUUCAAGUGCUAAAAUUACUCCAGUCAGUUCGUGCUGAGGAUAAAACUCAAAUUGAAAAGCUUGCUACAAAUGGUAUUCCUGAUUUGAUCAAUUAUUCAGGUAGGAUACGCUUUCAUCAGAAAAAUAUAGACUAAAAUUUUCUGUAUGAUCAAGUUUGGACAUUCUCGGUUAAGUAUUAACUAUAUUAAUUACUGAUGUAGAGUGCGAGACUCUUAGUAUAAUAUUAUUCUGCCCUAGGAGAUAUUUUACACUUUACCAUAAUCGAGUGAUCACCAAAUACAUUAAUGUGCUGUCAAAAACAUUAAUAGUCAGGCAUUCAUUUGCGGGUGAUGUCAUCCAGUUUCGUAAUCUCUUAACAAAAAACCCUAACAUUCACACUAACCCCCACAAUGAAUGCAGAUGAGGUAGUCAAACAGAUAGUUACCGACAGAUAGACACCAUACACACAAGUUCAUACAGCAAACUAUCCCUUCAAGACAACAUUAUCCAUUAUUUGGGCUCAGCUCAUAAUUGUCUUAAUUGUCUACAUUACUAGAAGCAGAAAAUGGUGACACUGCAAUGCAUAUUGCGGCAUGCAAGAAUAAUGAUAUCAUGACAUCAUUCUUGUUGGACAUGGGUGCCAACCCGAAUGUUGUUAACCAACAAGGUCAGACGCCAGUCAUGAGAGCUGCGGAGUAUGGUCAUGUUCAGUGUUUGCAAAUACUGGCUGAUGCUGGCUCAGAUAUGACAG